AAAUUGGUUAUUUACUGCUUUUGCUUGAUUGUGGAAUUGUUUUUUUAUUAUUGAACUUGUGUGGGAUGUGUGAAUUGUUAUGUAGUGUGAAUCGUUUGGCCAGAUUGUUUUAUAAUUUGGUGAAUGUGAGUUUCAUUUAAGGACGGGCUUAUGUUUGAGAGAAUAGUGUUUGGUGUGGUUGCGUUUGAUGUGUGCAAGCAGAUAAAAUAUUUUGGGUUGAUGUUAGUGUCAUUGUGGUCUGUAUUUGUGCUCAUUUUUGGAGUAUAUCAUUUGUACCUUUUCUGGAUUGUUUAUUAUUAGGGAAAUUAUCAAUGGUGCCCUUGUACUAUUGAAAAAUUACAAUGGUACCGAACUGCAUUUCAGUGGUACCCCCAAUUAUAUGGUAAUUACAACCGUAACCUUAAUGAUGAAUUUUCCGUUAAAUUUGGAAUUUAACCUAACCAUGGUUAGUUUCUUCAUCUUCUUCCCUUUUCUCUUUCAUGGCUGCUCUUCUUCCAUGGCAGCUCUUCUUCCAUGGUUAGUAUGGAAUUAGUCUUUGAAUCUUUGCAUUAGAAAUACACUUACAAAACCCCACAAUUCCUUCUAAUUCAGUGUAAUCCUAAUUCCAGUACAAGCUCUUUCUCGGCAUUAAAUUUCUGGAAAUUAGCUUCAUACUGCUGCAUAUAGAAACACACCCAAUAAUCAGCAAUCAAUUCAAGACUAAUUCUAGAUAAUUUGGGGUUUACCCGAAAUUUGAGGGUAUGGGAUUUGGAUUUGAUUUGUAGUUUCAAAAUUUAAGCAGAUUAAUCCAUGGCUUGAUGCUACCAUUGAAAAGAUAUUAGAAAAUUGAGUUGAUUUUUCUCAAAUGAAUUAAAUUUUGUGAUGAUUUUGAUGAUUUUCAAAAUCAAAUGACAGUAAGAAAGUUUUUGUGUUGAUUAGAAUGGAUUGAUAAUCAGAAAAAGGGGAAUUUUUGAGGUGUAAAGAAGCGAAAUUCUGGGUUGAGAUUAUAAAAUUCCAAUUCUUGAAAACACAUUUGCAAAGUAGAAGGGAUUUAAUUGGUUACGGAAAGAGUAUCAUUGUAAAACACAAAACUUACAAUACUUAAAGCCAAGACUUUAUUUGAAGAAUACCCAAUAAUAUACCCAGUUAGAUUAUUGAAUUUUUCAAUUUAUGCUGGAGUUGUCUUGUCUUGUAAUUUGGAAGCUUUUUCUUAAUUUUUUCUUGAACUAUGAAGUUUUUGGGUGAGAUAAUUGGGGGGUUUAAUACUGGAAGCUCAUCUUAAAGGUUUGAAGAAAGGAGUAUCCGUCUCUUAGAUUCCAUACUAAGCUGCCAUGGAAGGAGAGCAGGAAAAGGGAGGAAGAAGAAGAAGAACCUAACCAUGGUUAAGUCAUUCGAGAUUUAACGGCAACUUAACGGAAAAUUGAUUAAUAGUGUCACGGUUGUAAUUAGCAUAUAAUUGGGGGGUACCACUGAAAUGCAGUUGGGUACCAUUGUAAUUUUUCAAUAGUACAAGGGCACCAUUGAUAAUUUCCCUUAUUAUUAUUACUUUUAACAUUAGUGUAAGCAAUGAAGUGAUUUUUAUGAAUGUUAUAAUUUAUAAACUGUUGAGCAUGCUUUUUUCCGUGUUUGCUGUAUAUUUUCUCUUCAAUGGCUGCUUUCGUCCCUCCUUUCCUACUAUUGCUGAUGGUGGAACGCAAUAUGAUUAGUUGUUUAGUUCAUUUCAUCCGACAUUAUUACCUGUUGCAUCUCACCCUCUUUUCCCUUUGUUUAAUUGGGCUUUACUUCGUGACAUGCUUAUUCUUUUACUCACUCAAGCAUUUGUUGCAAGUGAAGUGUCACUUCUGCUUAGGUUGUACUUGAGGUGAGUGCUUAUUAGAAAGAUCAGAGAAGUGAUUACAACAUAGCUGUUUUUCUGCAGUACAAAUUUAAUGUUGAUGGAGAAUGGCGUUAUGAUGAACAUCAGCCUUUUGUGAGUGGAGCUUAUGGUGUUGUCAAUAAUGUGCGUAUACCAAGGGAGUCUGAUAUUGGUUCUGUUAUGUUUAAUUCUGACACUCCUGGUAGAUCCAACAUGGAGGUGGACGAGAACACAUUUGUUCGUCCAAUGGCAUCGCCUGAUGGAAUGUUGCGGGAGCGAAUUUCAGAGGCUGAUGUACAGAUUUCUCGUCAUCGUAUAUCUUUGUUUUUAUCGCAACAUACAGCAUAUGAAUUACUUCCAGAGUCGGGCAAGGUUGUGGCUUUGGAUGUUACUUUGCCGGUUAAACAAGCUUUUCAUAUUCUUUAUGAGCAGGGAGUUCCUGCUGCUCCUUUGUGGGAUUUUGGCAAGGGUCACUUUGUUGGAGUUCUUAGUGCCAUUGACUUCAUUUUAAUUUUGAGAGAGCUUGGGAAUCAUGGCUCAAAUUUGACAGAAGAGGAGUUAGAGACUCAUACAAUUUUGGCAUGGAAAGAUGGAAAAGUUUGUCACAAUAGACAAACUGAGGGCAGCGGGAGGCCGUAUGCCAGACAGCUUAUAAAUGCUGGACCAUAUGAUUCCUUGAAAGAUGUCGCUAUGAAGAUUUUGCAAAACAGAGUAUCCACUGUUCCAAUUAUAAAUUCCUCAUCACCAGAUGGUUCUUUCCCGCAGCUGCUACAUCUUGCUUCUCUGUCUGGGAUACUAAAGUGUAUUUGCAGACAUUUCAAACACUCUAGUAGCUCUUUGCCUAUUCUUCAACAACCAAUUUGUUCAAUUCCUUUAGGUACUUGGGUUCCCAAGAUUGGGGAAUCAAGUCGACCGCCAUUUGCAAUGUUGAGACAAAAUGCUACUCUUGCUGCUGCCCUGUCUUUGCUCGUGCAAGCGGACGUGAGUUCAGUUCCUAUUGUUGAUGACAGUGACUCACUUCUGGAUAUAUAUUCUAGGAGUGAUAUUACUUCUUUAGCAAAAGACAGAGCGUAUGCACAAAUUCGUCUUGAUGAAAUGAAUAUUCAUCAGGCCCUUCAAUUAGGACAAGAUGCUAAUUCUCCUUGUGGAGUAUUCAAUGGACAAAGAUGUCAGAUGUGCUUGUCCUCAGACCCCUUGCACAAGAUCAUGGAGCGGCUAUCAAAUCCAGGCGUCAGGAGGCUUGUAAUUGUGGAAGCUGGUAGCAAGCGUGUCCAAGGUAUUAUUACGCUAAGCGAUGUAUUCAGAUUUUUGCUUGGCUAGCGCUCAAAUUGAUCUUGGCAUAGAAAAUUUGAAGCCAAUUCAUUCAUAAUGUAAACACCCCAUGUUACUCUGCCAUGCCUUCACAUGUGACAGAUGGCUUCAUUAGUUGCAUUGGUUCUUGAUUGUUCCUGUGGGCGUAGAUGGUUCGAUCCCCAUUGUUUUUAGGAUAUAGGGCUAGAAAAAAAGAAAAAAAAGAAUUUGUAAAUUAAAGAGAUUGAAAAUUUUCACCUUUCCUCCUUUUUAUAACCAGAAUUUAUGUCAAGGUCCAGUUGAUUUUGCAUUGGCUA